AUGGUAGCCAGACAGCAGGUAUUGCAGCUUUACAAGCAGAUAAUCAAGAACGCCAACCAGUUCAGUAACUACAACUUCCGGGAGUACUUCCUGAGGAAGGCCAGGACAGAGUUCAAGGCGAACAAGGCUCUGACGGACGCAGCUAAGAUAGAGUCCCUAUUCCAAGGCGCGCAGCGCGACCUCGGCGUGUUGAAGAGACAGUCCAUUAUAUCACAGAUGUACACCUUUGACAAGCUGGUGGUGGAGCCAGUGGAGCCAGUGGAGCCAGUGGAGCCAGUGGAGCCAGUGGAGCCCGUGGAGCCAAAGCAGUAA